GUGUUUCGUUUGGUUUGUCGUAGUGAAACAACCUGAAACUUGUCAAAAUUUAAUUACGCGUUUUACAGUGCAUGGAUAAAAUAAUAGGGAUGCUUCAAUGGCCAUAUAUUAAUAUUUUGCUAUAAUUUAAGUGUCACUAUGUGAGAAUUAUUAGUUCUUUUUAAUUUUUUUAAUUUGUAAAAUAGGUUCCGCUUUAGCUUGUUUUCCGAGGAUGACGUUCAUUGAUAUCUGCAAAGACGUUUCUCUCAGUUGUAAAGUCGUUUGUAGCGAGCUACAUUAAUUAACGGCAGAAAGAUUAGUAGGAAAAACUAACGCGGGGUGGUGAGUUCAUGGUCCAACCUAGAGUGAAGGAAAACACGCCUGUUCGAUAACAUCAACUUAACUCUGUGGAGAAAAUGACGGAGUCACCUAACAGUCGGGCUAAAACUCUGAACUUUAACGUCGGGGUGCUCGGACAUGUGGACAGUGGGAAGACGUCGCUGGCCAGAGCGCUGAGCAGCACAGCCUCCACGGCCGCCUUCGACAAGAACCCGCAGUCCCGUGAGAGGGGCAUCACGCUGGACCUGGGCUUCUCUUCCUUCACCGUGGAUUGUCCUGAUCACCUGCGGGACAGCGGGGGGCAGCAGCCCUAUGACAGCCUGCAGUUCACCCUGGUGGACUGUCCCGGACACGCCUCUCUGAUUCGGACCAUCAUUGGAGGUGCGCAAAUCAUCGACCUGAUGAUGCUGGUGGUGGACGUGGUGAAAGGCGUGCAGACUCAGACUGCAGAGUGUCUGCUAAUAGGAGAACUGACCUGCCCCCGUAUGGUCGUUGUCCUGAACAAGAUCGACCUGCUGCCGCCUAACAAGAGGCAAAGUGCCAUUGAGAAAAUGAUCAAGAGGCUACACAAAACACUGGAAAGCAGCAGAUUUAAAGAAUGUCCAGUGAUUGCUGUGGCAGCGAAGCCUGGAGGCCCAGAGGCCCCUGAAACAGAGGAGCCACAGGGAGUGCCAGAGUUAAUUGAGCUUUUGAAGAAACAGACGUACCUCCCUCAGAGAGACCCUAAGGGUGACCUUCUUAUGGCUGUGGAUCACUGCUUUUCCAUCCGUGGUCAGGGAACGGUCAUGACUGGGACCAUCUUACAGGGGUCACUGGCCAUUAACGAUACGGUGGAAAUCCCAUUGCUAAAGGUGACCAAGAAAAUAAAGUCGGUGCAGAUGUUUCGGAAGCCGGUGUCGGGGGCCAUGCAGGGGGACCGUGUGGGUGUGUGUGUGACACAGUUCGACCCUAAACUGCUGGAGCGCGGUUUGUUGUGCACUCCGGGGUCCCUGCGCACCAUCUUCGCAGCCAUCAUCUCUACGAGGAAGAUCGGAUACUUUAAAGGUUCCCUCGCCACCCGAGCCAAGUUCCACAUCACAGUGGGUCACGAGACAGUCAUGGCGAAGGUGACCUUCUUUGGCCUGCCCCCCACUGAUACCAAACCGAGUCCAUCAGAGCCUUCCUCACUGGAAACACCUUUCACCUUUGACAGGGAGUAUUUCUACCAGGACGAGUAUGUUACCGGACAAAGAGAAGGGGCUUCAGGGCUGGACCCAGAUCAGUGGGCUUUAUUGGAGUUUGAGCGGCCCGUCACAUGUCCUGCACUCUGUCUGGUGAUCGGCUCCAAGCUGGACACGGAUCUCCAUGCCAACGCGUGUCGGUUAGCCUUCCAAGGCCGCUUGCUGCACGGGUUUGAAGAUAAGAGCUACUCUGAGACGGCUCUGGCUCAACUGCGCAUAUACAAGACCAAACACAAGGAGGGACAGGUGGAGAGGGUGACCGAUGAUUACUCUGUGAUCGGACGCAGUCUGUUCAAAAAGGAGACGAACCUCCAGCUCUUUGUGGGGUUGAAGGUUACUCUGUCAACAGGCGAGAGCGGAGUAAUUGAGGGCGGGUUUGGACAGAGCGGGAAGUUCAAGAUCCAUAUUCAAGAGGGUCUUCGCCCCGAGACCAAGCAGCUGUUGUCCUCCACCUCCAAGAAGAAGGGGAAGAGUGGCAGCAAAGGCGUGCCGACAAGCGAAGAAGAGCCUAAAGCGGAGUCCCAACCUGUUAGCAUUCACCUGCAUUUCAAGAGAUAUGUGUUUGAUCCCCAUAAAAAGAUGGUUCAGUCUUGACCCCUGCAUGCUCCUCUGAUUGGUAGAACACGGUGGAAGCAGAGAAAGAAAGCUGCUUCAGAGGUCUUGCAGUUGAGGUGAAUAUCAACCCUGAGAAUCAGAGCUGUGCUAACUUUGAUUGGUCUUUUUUUUCUGGAAGAUGGAGACUCUGCAGAAACGUGGCGAUCAUGGAAUGUUGAAUGCAUGUGAAAGAGUGCUUGUUUUAUCUCUCUCUAAGGAGCUUGACCUAAUCCAGUUUGCUCCACUACAACAAGGGAAAAAGCUGCUCUUCUCCUUCCUGUUCACGUUUCAUUUAAUGAUCCAGAAAUGCUCAUCUUCACUGAACUUAUCUUCUGCAUAAAAAAAAAAAAAAUUCUCUCCUCUCUACUUAUUGAUAUUAAUACCACUAGCAGAAAUGCAGAACUCAGGUUUAUCUUUGUCUUUGUGUUUACUUCCUGUAUAUCCGUGCAUGUCGUCAGCAGGAUAAUUAAAUGUUCCAGGUUUGUUAAUCA